UUCCUUGUUCAGCCUGGUAUCUUUACGUCUGUCUAUUACUGUUACCCAUUUGCGGAGCAGUCCUGCCUAAUAACAAUUUUAUUGAAUCGGAUUUACAUAUUUUGAUAAAUAAUCAUGCCGAUAUUCCCGGAGUUAUAUUUUAACGUGGAUAAUGGCUAUUUAGAAGGGCUGGUGAGAGGUUUUAAGGCUGGAAUCCUUUCGCAAGGCGACUAUCUCAACCUUGUGCAAUGCGAAACCUUGGAAGACCUGAAGCUCCACCUGCAGAGCACAGACUACGGGAGCUUCUUGGCGAACGAGGCUUCGCCCCUCACGGUCUCUGUAAUCGACGACAAGCUGAAAGAGAAGAUGGUUGUGGAGUUCCGUCACAUGCGAAACCAGUCCUACGAACCGCUGGCUAGUUUUAUGGACUUCAUCACGUACAGUUAUAUGAUCGAUAAUGUCAUCCUCCUGAUCACGGGCACCCUGCACCAGCGGGCCAUCUCUGAGCUGGUGCCCAAGUGCCACCCGCUGGGCGGCUUCGAGCAGAUGGAGGCCGUCAACAUCGCACAGACCCCCGCCGAACUCUACAACGCCAUCCUGGUGGACACCCCGCUCGCUGCGUUCUUCCAGGAUUGCAUAUCUGAGCAGGACCUGGAUGAAAUGAACAUUGAAAUUAUAAGGAAUACCCUUUACAAGGCGUACUUGGAAGCAUUCUACAAAUUUUGCUCUUCCUUGGGUGGGACCACAGCAGACACCAUGUGUCCCAUUCUUGAGUUUGAAGCAGACAGGAGGGCGUUCAUCAUCACCAUUAACUCCUUCGGCACGGAGCUGUCCAAGGAGGACCGGGCCAAGCUCUUCCCCCACUGCGGCAAGCUGUACCCCGAGGGGCUGGCCCAGCUGGCUCGAGCCGACGACUACGAGCAAGUCAAAGCCGUCGCCGAUUUCUACCCCGAAUACAAGCUCCUGUUUGAGGGUGCUGGCAGCAACCCAGGAGAUAAAACUCUGGAGGACCGGUUCUUUGAGCAUGAGGUAAAGCUCAACAAGCUGGCCUUCCUGAACCAGUUCCACUUCAGCGUCUUCUACGCGUACGUCAAACUGAAGGAACAGGAGUGCAGGAACAUUGUGUGGAUCGCAGAAUGCAUUGCCCAGAGACAUCGCACCAAGAUCGAUAACUACAUCCCUAUCUUCUAACCCAGCUUCACUGGGUCACCCUCACAAGAUUCUUGAUGUGACGCUCUGCAGGUUCUUCAGUGUCUGGUCGUUCUUUUGGGGGAAAAAAAACCCCCAAAACAUCUGUUUGGAGAAAUAUAGUCGCAUUACUGAUUUGCAUAGUUUGCAUGUUCAUUAUAGUUAUUUGAGUUCAAGUUCUUAAACUUUCAAAUUCCACAACGUAUUGCGUUUUGUAAAAAAACUGCCAAUAAUGAGUAGAGAUGUUCAGGUUUCAUCUACCUGAUAAACUACAUGCUUCAUGCUUCUCCAUACACUCCUCCUUGCCUGCACAACCCUCAGUGGCUGUUAACUUCUUGAAGAAUGGCACGUGGAAAAUAACAUUGAGACAUUGUGUGUUGUGUCUACAGUACAUUUGACCCGAUUUGUAAAACUUGAACUGCCAGCAUUUGCUAAAUUUCGAGCUUGAUCGUGGAGCACCAACCAGUUGCAAAUAGUAUGUCGGAGAGAUUGCCAGAUCUGCAGAUUUGGCAUUUGACAUCACCAGACAAAAAAAAAUAAAAAAGUAAAUGUAGCAGAUUAAAAAAUAACAAUAAUAAAAAUGCAUUCCGCACCUCUUAGCACUUUUUACCGUCUCAUUCACGUCGUUUUCAAUCUCGUCUGCCAAUAUGCACAGUACUUUUGUCAUCUGUUGCUUCAGAAUGUGUGGACGGUUCAGCUGCAUGCAGAGCAGCGUCUGCAUUUGAAUAGUAGGCGUUGUGUAAGCAUUUCCACCCCAGAUGUCUACGCUGGUACAUAACCGCAAACCACUGCGGGCUCAGAGAGGUACUCUGUCUUUACAGUAAUACUCAAAAUAUUGAGGAAACCACGGUGUUUUAUUGCCCAUUUCCAGACCAUGUGUUGCAGUAAUACACCGUGUGAUUAGCAGUGUAACGCAGUUCAAGUUGAUAAAAUCAGACGCUUGCUGUGGUGGUUUUACAGAAGAUAUCCAGUGAAAAAGCUGUUGUGUGUGUGCGCUACACAGGAGUCCCCACCCUGGUUCUGGAGAACUCCCGGCUUGUUGGGAAUUGAAUUAUUUCAUUUUCCACAAGUGGCUCGGCUAAAAACGUUGUCGGCUCUUUUGGCAUUUAAGAGUUCACUGAUUAAAGCUGAAGGUCCAUCAUGGAACCUUUUCCCCCACUGCAUUGCAGAACAUGCAAGCGUCUGUUCCUCGAGAACUGAUAUGUCAUUUAAAAUCCAUAGAUUAAUUUGGAAUAUUCAUUCUGAAAUCUGAUUCUGACAUUUUGCAUAAUGAGAGAAUAAACCGUCCUGCAUUUACAUUGUAUUAAAAAACUAUUAAAAGCUGUUUAUACUUGCAAUUGCUACUUGAAAUGAAUGUUAGAAAGAAAACCAGGAUGCACAGGGCCAAGAGUUCAGGGCCAGGGUUAGGAACCCACUGUGUUACGGUUAAGUAGAGACUCCGUCUUCAUUUUUACCCAUAUUAUAUUUUUUGUGUUCAUUGAAUGUCAUCUUGUCUGGAUUCUCCACUGGAGCUAAGAUGUACAAAUUGUGGUCUUCUGUUCUGUAAACCUGUAGACUAACCAUGAGAAAUUCAAAUAAUGAGAUGUUAAUUUAUUCAAAGGAACAGAUUUUAAUGUUCUUGUAUGAUGUUGAAAUAUGAAACAUUUAAAUUCAUAUACAUAUAUUUUAAGUUGAUUACUUUUUCAGGUCUUUUCUCUUGUAAAUAUACCUAUACUGCGGUCAGUCACCUGUGAUUUGACCGUGAGUGUAUUUCUUAUUUUGUGAUGUUUCCCAUACAUAAGAGAGUAAAAAGAGUCCUCAAAG